GCCAAAUUUAAAAAUGAAAUAUUUAUUCUGUGCCGUUUUUUUCGUCGUGUUGAUUGCUGCCAUUAAUGCUCAGGAAGAAGAUUUAGCCGUUGCUGAAUCGGCUGGUGCUGGUGCCGUUGCUGGUGGUGCUGCCGGAGCCGGUGCUAAAGGUGGCAAAGCUGGUGCUGCCGGUUUUGCUGCUGGAGGAAAAGCUGGUGCUGCAGGUUUCGCUGCCGGUGGUAAAAAAGGUGGAUUCGCUGCUGGUGCUGCCGGUGGUGCGGCUGCAGGUGCUAAAGCCGGUAAAGCUGGUGCCGCUGGAGCUGCAGGUGCUGCCUUCAAAAAGGGUUUCAAAAAAGGCAAAUUCGGUAAAAUGGGUGCCGCAGGUUUUAAUAAAAAAUUCGGCGCAGUAAAAACAUUCGGCAUGGCUCAAGGAUUUAAAUUCGGUAAAAUGGGUGGUGCUUUUGCUGCUGGUGGUGCCGCUGGAGCUGCUGGUAAAAAAGGUGGCAAAUUUGCUGCUGGUGGUGCUGCUGGAUUCAAAAAAGGAGGCAAAGCUGGAAAGGCUGGUUUUGCUGCUGCUGGUGGAGCAAAAGGUGGAAAAGCCGGAAAAGCUGCUGCUGCUGCCGGUUUCAAGAAAGGCGGUGCAGCUGGUGCUGCAUUCAAGGCUGGCAAAGCUGGAAAAUCAGGUGGUGGAUUGAUUGGCUAAAAAAUCUAAACAAUUAUUGUUCACAGAAAAUGGAAUAUAAAUUUUCUUUUUUUUUCUAUAUGUACGGAAUUCAUUUUUAUUAUUUUUCCAGGAAUAAAAUAGAAUUCAAAUAUA